AUGCUUGCAGCAGUGAACGAUGUUCGUCUUCAUAAAACACCAAUACGAACGGCUGCAAAAAAGUUCGGUGUACCAAGAAUAACGCUUAAAAAUAACGGGAAGUCACUGAUGGAACGAAAAAUGGGUCCGACAUCCAUCCUUACACCAGAAGAGGAGCAUAAAAUAUGGGUGCAAAAAAAUGGCAAAAGCGGGUUUUCCUGUGACAACCGAAUAGUUAAUUGUAGAACAUGGGUAAAGGCCUUUAUUCGGAGAAAUCCAACAAUUUCCAAGAGGAUAUCACAAAAUUUGACAGCAUCGAGAGCCAAGGUAACAGGUGAUCACCUAUCAGAAUGGUACAAACGUGUGUAUAAGGAGUUGGAAGAAAGUGGCCAGGCCUAA